AUGAGGCGGUAUGGCUUGGGCGCCAAUGAAUAUCACGAACAUCAACUCAAAGCAACAGAAGCUCUGCGGCCAUCGCUGGUGAAGGGGCUGAUGCCAAAUUGCUCCUUGCCAGAGUUCAAGACUUAUUGGGACUCACUCGAAAAGACGCGUCGAGGGAACUACAACAUCGAGGCUUCGAAUCUGAUUGGCGACCGUGUGUGGACCGAAGUCCUUACGAAGUUCUUUAGCGGCACGUUGCAUUAG